AUGAAUUCAUAUGAACCAACAAUCUUCUCGUCAGAACAACAAAAUACGACAAUGAAUACAGAGGCAAUUAAAAUCACUACUGGAUUCAUCAAAAUCAAUCCCACUACGGAGCUCUAUUACGAGCUGCGUUCACCACAAAGUUCACAAGCAACAUCCAAAGUCAUUAUGAUAAUGGGCGCAUUUGCUACAUUGAAACAUUUCGAUGAACAAGCUCAAUUUAUUGUCAACUAUUUUGCUCAUUAUUCAACACCCAUAGAGAUUUUAACAUAUGAUCAUCGUGGAAUAGGAAAGUCACUGACUACUUCAAGAGUUCGGCAAACCACACGAAUGCUUGCCAAUGAUGUCCUUUGUCUGAUAGAAAAAGUGUGGACCACAAAUGAAUCCAUCCAUGUCUAUGGUGCCAGUCUGGGUGGAAUGGUAGCACAAGAAUUAGCUCUACUUUUAAUCAAAUCAAAACGUUUGAAAUCACUGUAUCUCGGCGUAACAUCGCGCGGUAGCUACAUUCGACCAAUGGCAAUGCUUGGUCAUAGCGUUUGGUCGUUGCUAAUGCCUUUUCUAAUCAAAAAAGAUCAUGAAAGAAUGAUUCGUGACGUUCUUCUUCCUGCUUCAUUCUCAACUGCUGCUCUGAAAGUUAGUGGGGAACGAUAUGCAACAUUGUGGAUUAAUGACUAUAAUCAAUGGUGGGCCUUUGAUAAUCAAAAUGCGUGUGCUUCACAGUGUUCUGCAGCUGCUUCACACUAUUUAUCUAAUGAUGAAAUACGCUUGAUAUGCUCAGUAGGUAUUCCCAUUACCGUUCAAAUAUCAUUGAAAGAUAAACUGAUAUCACCUAAGAAACAACUGGAACUUGCAAAAUUACUAAAUGCAAAGACUGCUAUAUUUGACCACGGCCACAUGGGGGAUGAUGAUGUACAAAAAGAAUUAUUUCGUGCAUUUAUUCAACAUCUUGAAAACGCUAAUUGA